AAACCCAUGUUAAUAAAGCAUCAUAUUCUUCCUUGAUAUAUGUAAUGCACAUGUGAGAGCUUCCGUGGAGACAAAAGGGGAGAGCUUUUUGGUUACAGAUCCAGUCCGGUCCGAAAUGACGAUCGUCAAACCGUCGCAGCUCUCUUCCUCCUCCUCCUCGCCGUUGUGUUCGCUGAAAGGAUCACUCCUCACACUCGCCGUCCUCACUUUCCUCUCCCUCUUCUACCUCUCUCUCAAUUCCCUCCGCACUUCGCCGCCGUCUCCCAUCCUCGUAGGCUCCAAUCAGCUCCCACACACCUUCUCCGCAAAGGAGGAAGAAGACUACUCGGAUGUGUAUCACUCCCCCGAGUCGUUCCGGUCGAAUUACGCGGAGAUGGAGAAGAAGUUCAAGGUCUACAUUUACCCCGACGGAGAUCCCGACACCUUUUUCCAGACUCCCAGGAAAGUCACCGGCAAAUACGCCAGCGAGGGUUACUUCUUCAAGAACAUCAGAGAGAGCCGGUUCCGCACGCUGGAUCCAGACGAGGCGGAUCUCUUCUUCGUCCCUGUCUCUGCUCACAAGAUGCGUGGCAAAGGGACAACGUAUGAGAACAUGACUGUGAUUGUUCAGGACUACGUUGAUGGGUUGAUCGCAAAGUAUCCUUUUUGGAACAGAACAUUGGGAGCUGAUCACUUCUUUGUCACUUGCCACGACGUUGGUGUUAGAGCGUUCGAAGGAACUCCUCUUCUGAUCAAAAACACGAUUAGAGUUGUGUGCUCGCCCAGCUACAAUGUUGGUUUCAUUCCUCAUAAAGAUGUUGCCUUGCCUCAAGUGCUUCAGCCUUUUGCACUCCCUGCCGGUGGCAACGAUGUUGAGAACCGGACGACGCUUGGGUUUUGGGCUGGUCAUAGAAACUCAAAGAUACGGGUGAUACUUGCACGUGUGUGGGAGAACGACACAGAGCUCGAUAUUUCGAACAACAGGAUUAACAGGGCAACGGGGCAUUUGGUGUAUCAGAAGAGAUUCUACAGGACUAAGUUCUGUAUAUGCCCUGGUGGUUCUCAAGUCAACAGUGCUCGUAUUACUGACUCCAUCCAUUACGGUUGUGUUCCUGUUAUAUUGUCAGACUACUAUGAUCUGCCUUUCAACGACAUUCUGGAUUGGAGAAAGUUUGCGGUUGUGCUCAGAGAGCGAGAUGUCUAUGACCUGAAGCAGAUACUCAAGAAGAUACCACAAUCAGAGUUUGUUUCGUUGCAUAACAACUUAGUCAAGGUUCAGAAGCAUUUUCAAUGGAACUCACCACCAGUUAAAUUCGAUGCGUUUCACAUGAUCAUGUAUGAGUUAUGGUUACGCCACCAUGUCAUCAAGUACUGAUCAAACACUCUUUUCUUCUUUUUUUUCCAACCCGGUAGAUACGGUCCCAACCUAAUAUGUACACCUCUUGUAAGUUUUUUUAAUAGCGCGAUGUAACACAAACAACAACAAUCUUUUGAGGAAAAUUUCAUUAUUCUUGUGUA